AAUCUCCACCCCGUGUGACUGCAGCUCAACUCCUCUUGACGGUGUCAAAUCAGGCAGCGCGGUGGAAUGCAGGAGGCGGUAUUUGCUUGUAGCACUCAAGACUCCGGACGAGUCUCCUACCGCCUUAACUCGCGACUGAAACAGGGAGUUGCUUGUCAAUAGAGGACAGAUAUGGAGGAGACCGGAGCCACGAGUGCGUACGGAGUUUCGCUCCCCGGAGGAAGUUUGGACGUUGUAAAGUUUUCCCGGCAACCGCAAACCAUUGUGCGGCUACUGAGCUGGCUCUUUGCCAUUGUGGUCUUCGCCUGCAUCGCAACAGAAGGUUACAUUAACCCGGUCUACAGCGCAGAGCCAAAGUGCAUCUUCAACCAAAAUGACUCGGCAUGUCAUUACGCCGUCGGCAUCGGCGUGAUUGCUUUCCUGGCCUGUGUGGGAUUUCUGCUUUUGGAUGUAUACAUGCCUUUUAUGAGCAACGCACAGCAAAGGAAAUACGCUGUCAUGGCAGACCUGGGAUUUUCAGGGACAUGGACCUUUCUGUGGUUUGUGUGCUUCUGUUUGUUAGCCAGCCAAUGGGGUCGCACACACGACGUCAGCGGAAUCCCCCAGGAUGCUGCACGUGCAACAGUGGCCUUUUCAUUCUUCUCCAUCGCUACCUGGGGAAUUCUGACCUACUUCGCCUUCAGUCGUUUCCGAAGCGGUGGUGACGACAUCGCUGUCCCGACCUAUACCGAGCAGCCUACCGAUGAACACACGCCUUACCCUCCGACCUAUGCCCCCGCCUCCUACAACCCCACGCCAUACACCCCCACCACCUAUAGCGCCUAUCCCGACUUGAGCCAGCAGCCCGCCUUUACCCCAAACUUGCAGCCAACGCCCGGCUAUCAGCCACCUAAUUACUGACACAGAGGGCUCCGGUAUGGCCGCAGUUAGUAGCAGAUCCAGCGUGUCAGAGACAUGUCUCCAUUGAUGAUAUGGCUUCUCAUUGGAUUUAGCACUUCGCUAAAUGUCAAACCCGAAAAGUUAAAGAACUGCAUGCAAGUGAAAAGAAGAGGGACAGGGCGGAUUAUUACCGCCAGGGGUCGAGGCUCUCUGCUCUGUGGUCAAAUCUUCACUUCGGACUGCACGCUGACAUUAGAUGUGAUCUUUGGAUCAGCCGACCUCUGUGCUAUGACACAACACUUACCUCAAGCAGGCUGAUAGGCAAAUGGAAUGCACGCAGGAUUAGAGUAACUGAAACUGCCAAUAACAGUUGAUGAGAUCAACACUGUGUUUCUCUUAGUUGUACAGAUUUCUCGGUGAAACUGUUGCCACAACUUCUUUUCGUCUCCCACGAAUUGAAUUGUCUUUGUUAGCUGCAAACAACUCGCAAGGUAUCAUGUGGAGUAAAAGUAGCUAUGGCAAUUUCAGUGCAAAA